UCUCUCCACAAACACGUGUGGACCUCGCGCAGCAAUAACAUUCUAACAUCCCUCAGCAGCGCCUCUCGUCGACUCUCUAUCUCCCGCCCUCCGGGAGUACAGAGGCACGGGGCAGGCCCGGCCCGGCCCGUGGUCCAGUCAUGAGGCGCGAGAUAAAGAGCAUUUACAACAGGCUCGCGUCCGUCGCGAUCAGUGUCAUCGCGGCACUGAGCGCAUCCAGACCGGCUCGUGCAUUCCGGGGCAGCUUCCAGCGCUUCGGUCGGAAAACUUCGCAGACAACCGCAGAGAUGGUCAAGACAGGACCGGGUGGUGGUCCGGCAGCGGCCGGUCCCCGCCGGGUUGCACUCGAACGUAAACCGACCAUCAGCGGCAGUGAUCCGCUGGCCAAGGAGUUGCGGCGCGUACGCGAACAGAACGCACGUCAGCAACACCAGCACGAUUACUCGCACGUUUUCAGGAAAAAAUCUCGGUUCGACUUUGUGCGGCUGUCGUUCGUUAUCAUGGGCAUCGAGAUUGUGUACUCAGCUGAGACGGCCUUCGUGACACCGAUUCUGCUGAGUAUCGGCAUCGAGCACCAUCUGAUGACGAUGGUUUGGGGCUGUUCGCCCCUGAUCGGUCUGCUGGUAUCACCGGUGCUCGGUUCGUUCAGUGAUCACUGCCGGUCACGCUUUGGCCGCCGGCGGCCACUCCUACUAGCCCUCGGCACUGGCCUUGUACUCGGAUGUCUGCUACUGCCAUUCGGUGAAACAAUUGGGCAGUGGCUCGGCGAUGUAGGAGAACCAGUGGAACCAGUCAUCAACAACACGAUCACCAUCGAUGCACUCAACCAAGAACCUGUUGCUAGUAGUAGCGAUCAUUUCCAGUGGGCAAUACUGCUGACCAUCCUGGGAACCAUCAUGCUAGACUUUUGCGCCGAUUCGUCACAGGCUCCCUCGAUGGCAUACCUGCUCGAUGUCAGUUUACCCGAGGACCACGGACAGGCCUGUAGUACGUAUUCGCUGUUGUCGGGAGUGGGUGGUUCCAUUGGAUAUCUGAUUGGAGCGAUCGAUUGGGAUGAGACGGCGCUGGGUGAUCUGCUCGGUGGUAACAUCAACACCGUCUUCAUCCUCGUGACGCUGAUCUUCAUCUUCUGUCUGAUCGUAACCGUGAGCAGCUUUCGAGAGAUUCCACUGCCGCUGAUGGAACGCGACGAACUGCUGCAACCCUUGACCGAGCGCAUGAUAACGGAGGAACGCCAGAGCAACACCUCGCUGCAGCUAACGCCCGUCAAAGAUCUAGCCGAUGCGCUCGUCCUUCAGCUAGAAACCGAAUUCGAUCAUGCACCAGGAGCGCACGAAGGCAAAAAUGGUUUUGCGUUAGACAAACAACCGCUACUGGAACGGACCGUGGAGUGUAGAAGUCCGAGCAGAAAGGUGGGCUUCCUGCAGCGUCCGCGCAUACCGGCGGCCCUCGGUAUACUGUGCGUCACGAAUCUGUUCUGCUGGAUGAGCCACAUCAGCUACUCGCUGUACUUUACCGACUUUGUCGGCGAGAAGGUGUUCGGUGGUGAUCCGAUGGCCCAUUCGGACUCGGACGAGUACGCCCUGUACAUCGAGGGUGUCCGGUAUGGGUGCUUCGGGAUGGCGAUCUACUCGAUCGCUUGCUCGACCUACUCCUACACGAUCGAGCGACUCAUUCGGGUCGUGAGAGCACGCAAAAUUUACACCGGUGGCCUGCUGAUCGAUUGUGUCGGUAUGCUGUGUAUGGCCACCUUUCCCAACAAGAUCACGGUGUACGUGUUCAGUGUGACCGGUGGCAUCGUUGGGGCACUGCUCUUCACGAUGCCGUACAUAAUUUUGGCCAAAUAUCAUGCCAAAGGGCUGCUGGAAGCGAGCAGCGACACGAAUGCCACUCAGCCACGGCGCGGCCUAGCGUCGGACAUCUCAAUCAUCGGCAGCAUGCUGUUCGUGGCGCAGAUCAUACUGUCCGUGACGACAGGACCGUUGGUCGCCUGGACCGGUACGACCGCCUCCGUCAUCUAUACGGCCUCGGUCUGCAGUCUACUGGCGGCCGCCUGUGCCACCCGGAUCCAGUAUCUGGAUCUCUAGCCUCUAGUUAUCGGUAACAGCACACCAAUCUCGCGUGCGCAUCUACGUUGCUCAAUGUGAUACAAUGAAGCAUUGCCGUACUGACUGUUUGGUUUGGCGUUGCGCUUCCGCGUGAGCAAUGGCCAAAGUACGACAAGCACGACGCUGGUUGUGGUGUCAUAUCUCUCAGCUGUACAAAAAAGGGGAUCUGUUCACGCAAUGGGGAAAAUAGCGCUUUAAGCUCCGCUCCUAGCUAGGGAUGGAUCGGAGCGUUCAGGGCAGUUUUCGUUGAUUUUUCUGGAUGAGACAGGAAGCUGCUGUUGUUAAAUAACUUAAAUAUUGAAUUAUUUUUUAAAAAUAUUAUAAUAAAGCAGGUUAAAACAUG